AUGCAUACACCUACCCCUUCCAACACCACCUCGAACGACACUUCCGCCGACAUGUGUCCAUUCUUCGAGUUGCCCGCGGAGCUACGCAAUCGGAUCUACGAGUACGCUCUGUAUGAGCCGGGCGAAAUCUGGCUCGAGAGAUACUGCAACCAUCCCAGGAACCGACUGUCAGCUCUGGCACAUCCGAUUCGCUUCCCGGCUUUGCUUCAAACCUCCAAACAAGUCCGAGAGGAGGCCUCCGGUAUCUGGUACUCCUGCGCGCGCUUCUACUUCGACAGCUUGGCGGUGCUGGGAGAAUUCUGCCGGUUAUCGGAGCCGAGUCAUCUCAAGGCGGUGCAGACGUUCACCAAAGCGCGGCCGUGGUCCUCACAGAUGCUAGCCGAAGCUCAAAAUCACAAUGCGCGAGGGUACAUCGAGUGUUCCAGUCGACUCAAAUUUGCCCCAAAUCCAUUCGCCGGCUGGAGCGGCGCGACGUUUGAGGCAAGGUUCAUGAGUGAUGGCCAGAUCAUCUCUACGCAGCGAGCUGUCAAGUUUGACUCCAGUAACGCUUGA